AUCCAAUGUAUUGUUGAUGUAAACAUUCAUAUUGAAAAAUAAUUUAUAAUACUUGUUUAUCAUUUAAAAAAAGGACUAGAAUAUAAUUGGUUUGAAACACAUUUAAAGUAUUUUUAAAAAAAUGGAGUUUCCUCCAAAAAAAACUAAAAAUAAAACAGUUUGUUGUGUGUACGGGUGUAAAAGUAAAGCUUGUCGAGAUGAUACAGUUCGAUUUUAUACCUUCCCUACAGCAAAUACCGAUUUUGUUAAAGUUAAGAAUGAAUUUGGGGAGGAAGAAUUAAUAGACAGAAGAGAAGCAUGGAUAAAAGUAUUAAAAAUGGGAAACUACAUAUCUAAUUCUAUGCGAGUGUGUUCUCGUCAUUUCACUAAAAGUGAUUACAUACCACAUUAUAAUAAUAAUAAAUCACGCUGUCAUUUAAAAAAAAUUAGUGUUCCUUCAUGCAAUCUUCCUGAAAGAUCAUCAUUAUUAUUAUUAAAUACCAAGCCAUCAGGUAAUAACUCCAAAGAAUCUGAUUCCUGCUUACAAAGACCACGAACUAACGAUGUUACUUGUCUUGACGAUAGUCUAAUGAGUUUAGAAAAACUUGACCGAGCAUCACCGGAGCUGUGGCCCGAGCAAACAAUUGAUCAAGUUCCAGGUGUUAAUGAAUUUAUUGCACAAAAUUUAUCAACAAGUGAGCAAUCGUCGUGGUCUGCAUCAGGAGUUAGUUCUGAAGAUAUGACUCAACUACAUCAAUUAGGUAAUUUACCAAUGACUAGUCUGAUAGCAGAAGUGAAAAAACUCCAUGACUUAGCUUAUCAACUUGGCCUCGAAGAAGCCAAAGAAAUGACGCGUGGAAAAUAUUUGAAUAUAUUUAAAAAUAAAGAAAAAUAACUUAAGAUUUAAUUAGAGUAAAACUAAAAUAUAAUGUAUUUUUAUAACUAAA